CAUUCUCAUCGCAACAGCAGCAGAGCAGAGAGAUCUUCUUCGAGCUCUCUCCAAUGGCCAAGAUCCAGCCCCUUCCUGCCGCGGCAGCCUCGCCUUCUCCCUGCUCCGGUGAUCACCACCAGAGCCCACAGGCGUAUAAGGUCUGGAUGAAGUCGCUGGUGUUCAACGGCAACGGCUGCGCCGUGUACGGGCCCGACGGCGCCGUCGCCUUCCGCGUCGACAACUACGGCUGCAGGGGCGGCCGCGAGGUUUUCUUCAUGGACCGUCAGGGGAACGCCCUCGUCAGGAUCAGGCGCAAGGGCUUCGGCAUGUUCAAGAGAUGGGAGGUCUGCCGUUGCGCCCACAACGGCCACCAGGACGAGGAAGCGACGCCGUGGUUCAGCGUGCGGCGGGCCGAGAAGGGCAGGGCCGCCGUGGCGAUGCACGGCGGCAGCGGCACGUGCUACAGGAUCGACGGGUGCUCCGGCGAGCACAAGCCCGAGUACAGAGUCCGCGGCGUGGACGGCUCUGCCGUGGCGGAGGUGGCCCGGAAGCAGACGGCGGCGGGGGUGGUGCUAGGGGAGGACGUGCUGACGCUGACGAUGGCGCCGGAGGUGGAUCACCUACUCGUCCUGGGCUUGGUCGUGGUGUGCGGCCUCAUGAACCGAUCCAUGUGAUGGAUGCAUGCAUGGAACGGCCGGCAAUCUUCUUCGGUUUCCAUGCGGUUUCAUUUCCAAACUAGGAAGUUCCUUUUUAG